GUGACAGGAGGGAAGGGGAGUGGGCUGAGCUCGCCUGUUCUCCCAUUGUCAGCUGGUCUAGUGAGUGUUGGGAAAACCUGUCUGUGGGAUCCUGUGUCAUCUCUCCCUACAUGUGUACAGGAAAAGUCUGCGCUGCUCACGGUUCCUCUCUCUCUCUUUCUCUCUUUCUCUCUCUGUCUGUCUCUCUCUCUCUCUGUGUGUUUCCCUUUCAUUCUGCUUCCUCGGAGCCGACUGAAGCAGGGAGCAGGAUUAGAGUCCGCCACCAGCUAUCAGAGGAGCGUAGAUAAAAGGAACUGCUUCUUAAGCACCACUGCAGCAGCCCUUGCUAAUUUUUUUCCCCCCCACACACAACAGUUGUGCCUCAUUAUCCCGUGCCUGGCUGGAUUUUUUUUUUUUUUUUUUUUUUUUUUUUUCCUUUGGAGGGUUUGAAGUUUCUGUGCUUCAGUGGCUGUUACAGAAGAAGAGGUGUUAGUGUUGCCAUGAGGUCUUGAUUGUCUACAUUUAUGAAUGAAACUGACCUAAAUCACCUGUUACCUCCAGUUUCCAGAUUGUUUGAACUUCUCUGGCCGCACAAUACAGGAAGGAAGACUGAAGCAGCAAAGGAACCUACAGCGUCUGCAGCAUGGGCUGGUUGACUAGGAUUGUCUGUCUUUUCUGGGGAGUAUUACUUACAGCAAGAGCAAACUACCAAAAUGGGAAGAACAAUGUGCCAAGGCUGAAAUUAUCCUACAAAGAAAUGUUGGAAUCCAACAAUGUGAUCACUUUCAAUGGCUUGGCCAACAGCUCCAGUUAUCAUACCUUCCUUUUGGAUGAGGAACGGAGUAGGCUGUAUGUUGGAGCAAAGGAUCACAUAUUUUCAUUCAACCUGGCUAAUAUCAAGGAUUUUCAAAAGAUUGUGUGGCCAGUAUCUUACACAAGAAGAGAUGAAUGCAAGUGGGCUGGAAAAGAUAUCCUGAAAGAAUGUGCUAAUUUCAUCAAGGUACUUAAGGCAUAUAAUCAGACUCACUUGUACGCCUGUGGAACAGGGGCUUUUCAUCCAGUUUGCACCUACAUUGAAACUGGACAUCAUCCUGAGGACAACAUUUUUAAGCUGGAGGACUCGCAUUUUGAAAAUGGCCGUGGGAAGAGCCCAUAUGACCCGAAACUGCUGACAGCAUCUCUUUUAAUAGAUGGAGAACUAUACUCUGGAACUGCAGCUGAUUUUAUGGGGCGAGACUUUGCCAUCUUCCGAACCCUUGGGCACCACCACCCGAUCAGGACAGAGCAGCAUGAUUCCAGGUGGCUCAACGAUCCAAGGUUCAUAAGUGCCCACCUCAUCCCAGAGAGUGACAAUCCUGAAGACGACAAAGUAUAUUUUUUCUUCCGUGAAAAUGCGAUAGAUGGAGAACACUCCGGAAAAGCCACUCACGCUAGAAUAGGUCAGAUAUGCAAGAAUGACUUUGGAGGGCACAGAAGUCUGGUGAACAAAUGGACAACGUUCCUCAAAGCUCGUCUGAUCUGUUCAGUGCCAGGUCCAAGUGGCAUUGACACUCAUUUUGAUGAAUUGCAGGAUGUAUUCCUAAUGAAUUCUAAAGAUCCUAAAAAUCCAAUUGUAUAUGGAGUGUUUACAACUUCCAGUAACAUCUUCAAGGGAUCAGCUGUGUGUAUGUACAGCAUGAGUGAUGUGAGAAGGGUGUUCCUCGGUCCGUAUGCUCACAGGGAUGGUCCCAACUAUCAGUGGGUGCCCUUUCAAGGAAGAGUCCCCUAUCCACGGCCAGGAACUUGUCCCAGUAAAACAUUUGGUGGCUUUGACUCUACAAAGGACCUUCCCGAUGAUGUUAUAACCUUUGCAAGAAGUCAUCCAGCCAUGUACAAUCCAGUGUUUCCUAUUAAUAACCGCCCCAUAAUGAUCAAAACAGAUGUAAAUUAUCAGUUCACACAAAUUGUAGUAGACCGAGUGGAUGCAGAAGACGGCCAGUAUGACGUCAUGUUUAUUGGAACAGAUGCCGGAACUGUUCUUAAAGUAGUUUCAAUUCCUAAGGAGACUUGGCACGAUUUAGAAGAAGUUCUGCUGGAAGAAAUGACAGUUUUUCGGGAACCAACUACUAUUUCAGCAAUGGAGCUUUCUACUAAGCAGCAACAACUGUAUAUCGGUUCCACUGCUGGGGUUGCCCAACUCCCCCUCCACCGAUGUGACAUUUAUGGGAAAGCCUGUGCAGAGUGCUGCCUCGCCCGAGACCCUUACUGUGCCUGGGAUGGCUCUUCAUGCUCUCGCUAUUUUCCCACUGCAAAGAGACGCACAAGACGACAAGAUAUAAGAAAUGGAGACCCACUGACUCACUGUUCAGACUUGCAACACCAUGAUAAUCACCAUGGCCACAGCCUUGAGGAGAGAAUCAUCUAUGGAGUAGAAAAUAGUAGCACAUUCCUGGAAUGCAGUCCUAAGUCACAGCGAGCACUGGUCUAUUGGCAAUUCCAGAGGCGAAAUGAAGAGCGAAAAGAAGAGAUCAGAGUGGACGAUCAUAUCAUCAGGACAGAACAAGGACUUCUGCUGCGUAGUUUACAGCGGAAGGAUUCGGGCAACUACCUCUGUCAUGCCGUGGAACACGGAUUCAUGCAAACUCUUCUUAAAGUAACCCUGGAAGUUAUUGACACAGAGCAUUUGGAGGAACUUCUUCAUAAAGAUGAUGAUGGAGAUGGCUCUAAGACCAAAGAGUUGUCCAAUAGCAUGACACCUAGCCAGAAGGUCUGGUACAGAGACUUCAUGCAGCUCAUUAACCACCCCAACCUGAACACAAUGGAUGAGUUCUGUGAACAAGUUUGGAAAAGGGACCGAAAACAACGUCGACAAAGGCCAGGACACACCCAAGGGAACACUAACAAAUGGAAGCACUUACAGGAAAAUAAGAAAGGUAGAAACAGGAGGACCCACGAAUUUGAGAGGGCACCCAGGAGUGUCUGAGCUGCAUUACCUCUAGAAACCUCAAACAAGCAGAAACUUGCCUAGACAAUAACUGGAAAUAAUGCAAUAUACAUGAACUUUUUUCAUGGCAUUAUGUGGAUGUUUACAAUGGUGGGAAAUUCAACUGAGUUCCACAAGUUAUAAAUUAAGUCCAUGAGUAACUUUCCUAACAGGCUUUCUUCCUAAUACCAACACCUAAUAGAGAUCACAGUUGAACACAGAUGUUCACUUUAGCAGACUUAAUGUAUCCUAUGAGAUUUCAUUGUACAGGUUUCACUUUCUUCUUUGCCUGAGAAAUAAAAAUGUCAUUUGCCAUAUUGACAUCAAAAGGAGAGAAACUGCAUCAGCAAAGCCAUUUUAUUGAACUAAAAGUUUAAAAUUAACUGCAUGGAUUUACUAAGCUGAUGAAUAUUCCAACGUGAUUGGAUUCCAGGAUAUUUUUUUGUCUACCAACAAUCGUGUUUGUAUGUACUGGAGGAGUACAAUGGUACUGAACAAAAUGGUCUAUGGAAAUAGAAAAAACAUAAACCAUCCAUCAUCCAGAAGAAAAAAAUGGAAUACACUGAUCUACUACUGAUGUCUUCUUUCAGCUUUGACCUAAAGAUGUAUUUUAUUAAAACUAUAAUUUAAAUGUACCAUGACAAAUAUGCAGUAAAAAUUAGCUGUUUUCUAAGCUAGAGUAGGUUUUUGUCUUACAAUUACUGUGCUAUAUAGUUUGUGUUUUAACAGUUCCAAUUGUGUGCUGCUUAUUUUUUAUUUUAUUUUAUUUUUUGACAUUUUGUUUUGGGUUCCAUAAGACAGAUAGCUGAUAUUGUUCUAGAAACAUAUACACACCAUUAACAGUUAAUUUCUAAAACCAGGGUAUGAAUUGUGCUUUAUUUCUCUGAAGAAAUCGAAAAAUGGAAGCUGUUCACACCUCCCCUUCUUUAAGUAUUAUGUAAGUUAAUUUUAACCUUCAUAAUGUUUUUAGCAAAACAGAGCAUUUAAACAGCAAAAAAGGGAAGAUACAAUUACAUGCAUUUUAUUAUAUCUAAUGGAUCAAUGAAGAGAAAAGGAACUGCAUAUCUCAUGAAAGUAAUAAGCAUUGUCUUGAUAUAGUGUUUAUAGAAAAUGUCUAUUAAUUCUGUGCUUGAAUCCCUGCAUGAUAUUUGAGACUUAAAAACUCUCUCAUGAUUCCACUAGGAAUUAUAUCUAUCACAAUUUUUCUAAAAAGGGAGAGAUUGAUGAUAUCAAUGGUAUUCAGAGCAACACUUUAAAGGCAAAUUUCCCAACCAUGUACAUUGGCAUUAGCUGCCUCUUAUUUCAUCUUAAGAUAAUUAUCUGUAUAAGGAACACAUGAUUAUUUUCCUGUCAACAGGCAUGGCUUUUAUACAAACUAUUUUUCAGUUCACAUCCCACGCUUCAAAAAAAUGUACAACUUUUGUUUCUUGCAACAACUUACAAAAUAAGGUAAAAUAUUGUUACUUAAGGAUUUUCCUCCUUCAUUUUCGUGAGAUGAUUUCUGGAAAACCACUGGCUUCUAGAAAGUAAAACUUUCAGCAUUAUAAUAAGGUUGCUUUUGCACUGCACUCACCUUUUCAGGAAUCCCUCCUUAUGUCCUUCAUCGUGUACAAAAAUGCAAAGGAAAGAUCUUAUUGCUAACUAAUGGAAAGACAUUGAAAUUCUAACCAUAGCUGUCUUGGGAUUCUAAUUAGCUCAGCAUUCAUUUCUCACCUCAGACUAUAGUGAAUUUUUAUACCCUAUCAGCUGAAAUAUUUCACAGAUGGAAGCUCAUGUUUCAGUUUUAAUGAUUACUUUGAAUAAACAAUUUGCUGAUGCUUGUUUCAAAUAAAAGCCUAAAAAUAAUCAACAUUCAAUUUUAGGCUCCAUUGACUAAUAUGAUGUUGCUUUUGGAAAUCAUCCUCAAAUGGUAGCUGAAUUGCUAAGUUAUACGAAGGGCACACUCCUGUAUGGAAAAUAGUGCUUGAAAUAUAAGUCAAAGAACAAAGAGUUCUCCAAAAAUAGGUCAUUCUUAUAUUUUCAUAGAGUAUCUUAAAUGUAUUAAAAUUCAGUGUUGCAUUUUAUUCCAAAUUUGCAGCCGAAACAAAUUUAUUCACAAUAACAGAAGUAUCUUAUUUCUUAUUAGUCCUUAAAAAUAAAAGAUUUAAAGGGAUAGGGAUUGUAUGAUAACUUCAUGGAUGCCUUCCAAAAUCUGAAUUAAUUUUUUUGCUUAGCAUUAUAAAAUACCAGUGGAAAAGAAAGUCUGGACUUUAAUUAAAAGUAACAAAGACAAACAAAUCUACUGGCAUGUCUUUAUAAACCAUCAAGUCUAAGUAUUUGAAGAAAAUCAUAGAUAUCACUUGCAGAUAAAUAACUUACUACAGUCAUAAUCUUCUGCCAAGUUGUAUUGAAAGGGGACAGUUUGCACGAAAAAUAUCCCUUUUAAUAAUUCACUUUUAAUAGAUUUUGGCAUAUGCAUGUAUUUUCAGAGUUGAAACUUUGUUUGCGACUCAUGUGACUUAAAGCAAAUUAUAACAUCAGUCUUAAGGUAUGGAAUAGACUCAUCACAGAAAAUAAAUCAUGGCCCAAUUGAAAUCAAAUGUAAAAUGUAAAAGCAUGUAAAUGCACACUUAAUGCUUCUUUUUAUGUAUUAUUUAGUGGUUUUUCAAUGGUAUGUGUUUAAUAUUUUUUGCUACCUACACAUUAGGCAAAAGACAUGUAAAUAAUUUUGAAAAAAAAAAAAGAGAAAGAACAGUGUAAAAUACAACUUUCUAUAGAUACUCCAUUUCAAUGUGAUCAACAUCAUCCUAAAAUGCAAGAUUCUCCCACACAGGUGACAAGGUGGUUAUGUACUAUUUAAGGGCAGAAGGUGUGUGCCCACUCAAUACGCAUGUUUUUUGCCAGGUAGUAAAUAUAUCCCAUAUCUGUAUUUAUCAGUUCAUUUCAGAUGGGAACUAGAAAACUGGAGAGAAAAAUGUAAUGAAACUGCUGCUGUAAAUUAUUCCUUUUAGCAUGUAUUCAGUUGCUAAAUACACAUUUCUUCAAAAUA